AUGAACCACCCCAGUAGGCAGAGCGACGUCAACGCCAGCGAUGCAGCAGCCCACCUCGACAACUCUGGAGGUCCGUCCUCGAUAGAUCCGUCGUUUAUCGCCACUGCGGCUGCGUCGCCUGCUGUCGCUUGUGCCAUCGCCUCGCCAGCCCCAGGAGGGCUUGCACAGAGGACUCGCGAAGUGCACCUGCCCGCGCCGCACCCGCGUCGUUCAGUGCAACCGCCGCUUCGAAGACCAGGGCUUCUGGUCGCGACACCACGUCCUGGAGAGCAUGAGCACCACCGUCGCCGCCACAGUGACGGUGCCUCUCCACUGCGCGUGCUGUGCGCCUGCGACACCUUCAAGGGCACCCUCUCCUCGGAUAAAGUUGGCGAGGCGGUGGAGAAGGGAUACUGGCAGGCGUGGGCCAAGACGCACGGCUCCGCAACAGCGCAAUCCCACGCGCUUCCAGCAGUCACGGCACCGGUGGAGGAGGUAUCGACGUUAUCGCCUACGUCUCCACCACUGCAUCUGGUGGCACCGCCGCUAGCCACAAGCUUACUUCCUGCGCAGCCCCCUUCCGCCCUUCCGGCAGACGCGGUGCGGUUCCUACACCUACCAAUGAGCGACGGCGGUGCCGGCCUGCUGGACAGCGUUACCUACUCCCUAACGCACGCGUGCAGGAUGGGGGCCACCGAACUGGGUUCCUCGUCCUCGGACAACGCGUUGCGCCUGCAGCGUGUGUACGUGCCGGCGUCCGUCCCAAUCAUAGGCCCCCUCGGCACUGCGAUCACGACGGACAGCAGUGCCGCAGGAGGCGCCGCAGGAGCUUCUCACGGGGUGUCCUUUGCCUGUGACGUGGAGAGACGGGUGCUUGUUCUCGAGAUGGCAGAGGCGGCUGGGCUGCCGCGCAUCGCGCGUGCACAAGACCGGCACCCAGGUCGCACGACAAGCUACGGCGUAGGUGAGCUUAUCCGCUACGCGCUGGUCUACAUGGCUAAGGCUGCUCAUGCACACGCGGAGGCCCAAGCGGCCCCGAAAAUGGCUUCCCCCGAGAGCGAGGAGGGGGGAUGUGGGGGUGUGCGCCUCUUCCUGGGCAUCGGCGGCAGUUCCACCAACGACGGGGGUCUUGGCGCGCUGCAAGCGCUUGGGCUGGAGAUCUUUGUGGACGCCGCGCACGCCCGCGCGACGGACGGCGGUAACGUCGGCACCCAGUGCGUGUGCGCAGCAGCAACAUCAGCAGCGGCUGAUGAGCAGGCAGCUCCGUGCCAUGCUGACGAUGGCACGGAUGUGCGCCUCGCGAGACCCUUCCGUGGCGAGGACUUGGCCCACGUCACCCGCGUCCGCAUCAGCGCAGAGAUGCGUUGCAUUUUCCCCUACUUGCCUGAGGCAGCGAUGUCACCGACUGCGACGGGCGCGAAGCGCGGUGCUGCGCAAGCCGUACCACCGGCGAAUUCUUCACCGGCGCCGCCGCGCGCGUGCUACGUUGCGGAGGUGUGUUUGAUCUGCGACGUGGACAACGCGCUUGUUGGCCCACGCGGGGCGACGCACACUUUUGGGCCGCAGAAGUGUGCGCCGCGCCACGCGCCGCUGCCUCAUUCGUUGUUUGCCACAGCUGCCGGCACCCCUCCUGCUGGAUCGCACGCGGGUAGUAGUGCAGAGGCCGAAGCUCCCCAGAAUGCGGUGGGCGGCGCCAUCACUUCUGUCGCGCAUCAUCAGCAGCAUCAGCAGCAGCAGCAGCAGCAACUGCUGGACUCGCUGGAGGCAGGAAUGCGACACGCUGCCACACGCGUCGUGGCGAGUUUGUGGCGGCACCUUGCUGCUGCUGCUGAUGCGGAUGUGGAGGGCAGCGGAGCAGAGGCGGCGGUGCUGGCGGAUCUGCUAUACAGUCCAGGUGGUGGUGGUGCGGGGGGCAUGAGUGGGUUCUUCCGCUAUGUACUGCAGGCGUGCUAUGUACCUGGGGCGGACGUGGUUGGGGGUCUUCUCGGCCUGUAUGAAACCCCGAGAGUCGCGCAGCUGCUGGGAAGCGGGGCCAGCAGCCCAUCAAGGCGUGGUGUGGUAGCCGAGGUGGAGAAGCGAGGCGGACAACGGGGCGAUGACGUGUUUCCGGUGCCGGCAGAAAUGCCUGCGGCCAUGACGUGGCAGCCAACGGGGUUAUCACUGCGGCGCCCGCGCGGGUCUCUUUUCUACACGUGCGACGUCCUCGUGUCAGGCGAGGGCUCCUUCGACGAUCAGACAAUUUUGUCGCACAAGACGGUGGGCCGGCUGCUGGAGAUGUGCACUGUAGCCAACGCAUACCGCUUGUGGCACCACUACUGCGACGACGCGGGGGAGGGCGAGGCGGCCUGGAGCGAGCAGCGCGGCUGUCGCUGCAUCACCGAUGUGGUUGUCGUGUGUGGCCGCUGCGGCUUUGACGACUACACGCACCUUCAGUCCUCUGUGCUGCAAGCCGUGUGCAGAACUCUACUCCUGCCCAGCACUUCGAAAGACUGUGCGGCAGCUGUUGCUGCAGCUUCUCCUUCGAUGCGAAUGUUUCAUGACGUAGCCGGCGCCAACGCGGAUGCCGCGCGUCUGCACGUGUACUUGCAGGGUGUGAGGCAGUCAUCUACGUUCCGGCGUGCGUGCGGCGAGUCCUCUCACGCUCCGGAGGACUCGUGGAGCGCCGAGCACCUUCUCUCGAACUACUGUGUGCCGCGUGUGACGGUGCUGCCGCUCACACCGAUGCUGUUCCCUGUGCCUACAGCAAUGCAGCAGCCGUACAAGUGCAUCAUUUCAGCAGUGGCGCAGUUACUGGAAGAGUCAGUGAGGCGCCUGAGAAGCGCGCAAGCGGUGAGCAUGUUGGCGUGUGGAAGUCAUGACCAGAGCUCUCUCUAG